AUGAGCGGUAACAAGGACUCUGUCCUGUUCUGUUUGCCAUUAGGCGUGGGAGCUUUGGUGAUAUCCUUUGUGAUGACUCUCUUCCUGGUGGCGGACGCAGUGACCAAGACGCAGGCGCUUUGGGAGGACCGCGACGACCAGACAGUGAUGUCAUGGUUAUCACUGGGCAUGUCGCUGGUCACCUUUCUCUGUUGUCUGGCUGGCUUUAUAGGGACAUUGAUUAGGAGUGCCGGACUGCUCAAGAUCGGUGCGUAUUUCGUUUACCCUUCGAUCAUCAGCACCAUGGUAUCGUGUUUGCUCAUGUGGCUAAAAGUCAAUGGCAUGAGUGGCGAUUUGAUCAAACAAUAUGAUGAAUCGGGUAACUUGAUCGAUGUUGAAGAUGACCGUUUGCCAAACUCCAAGUGGAUAGCAGCUGGUAUUGUUACGGCCCUGGAUAUCAUAGUUUUGUUAAUGCUCUGCUAUAUGGGAGACAUUUUUAUCAGCGCGGCUAAACAUGUCGAAACUGGAAAAAGCAUCUGGAAGCGCUCUUGA